UACAUACGUGUAGCGCCCCCUGCGGCUGAGCUCGGUGCUUCACACAAACAGUCUGAAGAAGGGGAAGGAGGCGUGUGUGACGCUCCGCUAACACCGUCUUUAGGCUGACCGAAAAUAAUCUCAGUGUGUGUUGGUGGUCAGUAAAACAGCAGCCGUGCCCCGCCGCGCCCCCACCCCCAGCGGAGCCGUCAUGUGGCAGGAGGCCCGCAAACAUGAGCGCAAGCUCCGUGGCAUGAUGGUAGACUACAAGCGCCGAGGCGAGCGCCGGCGAGAGUACUAUGAGAAGAUAAAAAAAGAUCCAGCUCAGUUUCUUCAGGUUCAUGGCCGAUCCUACAAGAUCCAUCUGGAUCCUGCAGUGGCACUGGCUGCAGAGAGCCCCAUUAACAUGAUGCCAUGGCAAGGCGAUGUCAACAACAUGAUUGACAGGUUUGAUGUAAGGGCUCACCUGGACUACGUCCCCACCUACACCCCUCCACUGCUCAACACAUCCACCCCAGAGCAGGAGAUGGAGGAGAGGAAGUGCAAUUAUGAGCGCUAUAGAGGCCUAGUGCAGAAUGACUUUGCCAACAUCUCAGAGGAGCAGUGUUUAUACCAGAUCUACUUGGAUGAACUCUACGGUGGCCUGCAGAAGCCAAAUGAGGAUGAGAAGAAAAAGCUGGCUGAGAAAAAGGCCACCAUUGGUUACACCUAUGAAGACAGCACUGUGGCAGAGCCUGACCAGCAGUCAGACAAGGAAGAGGAGAAUUCAGAGAACAGUGAAUCUGAAGAGGAUGAGGGCAUCCCAGAUAUUGAUGUGGAGGUUGAUGUUGAUGAGCUGAACCAGGAACAGGUGCUGGACCUAAACAAAAUGGCGACCCCAUAUGGAAUGGCCGAAGGAGACUUUGUUAGGAUGUUGAGGAAAGACAAGGAGGAAGUGGAGGCCAUCAAACACGCCAAAGCGCUGGAGGCAGAGAAGGCCAUGUAUUCCGGCCGGCGUUCCCGCAGACAAAGGAGGGAGUUCAGAGAGAAGAGGCUAAAGGGCAGACAGAUCAGCCCACCAAGCUAUGCCAGGAGAGACAGCCCAACAUACGAUCCCUAUAAAAGGCCAGAGUCAGAAUCCAGCUCUGAGUCGCGGUCACACUCUCGUUCUCCGGGUCCAGAGAAGAUCACCUUCAUCACCAGCUUUGGAGGCAGUGAUGAUGAAGCUGCAACAGCAACUCAAGCAUCUGCUCCUCAAUCUGGCCACACCCCCUCCAGCUUGCAGCACCCUGCAGGUCAUAGCAGGGGCUCCCGGAGGCGAAAGUCAUCCUCCAGUCGCUCCUCCUCUUCCUCCUCCCGCUCCUCAUCUCGGUCGUCCUCUCGCUCUUCUUCCUGUUCACGCCGAGUCCGACGAGGACGCGGGGGAAGAGAUGGGCGUCGUACCCGGAGCCGGUCACGAUCAAGACGACGUUCCAGAUCUCGCUCUAGAGGUAGAGGAGAGCUUUACCAGACACGAUCGGGGUCCAACGACCGAGACAGAGAGCGAGAGAGGGACAGAGACAGGAGACGAUACUCGGCACGCAGACGAACGAGGUCACGUUCCAGCUCACGGCAGAGGGGCAGUUCUAGGCGACGGGGUCGGAGCAGUGGAGGCCAUCGGCGUGGAGACAGUGGCAGCCGCAGUCCCUCUCAAUCCUCUAGCCGCCCAAACCACAGCCCUUCCCCUGCUCACAGAGGGGCCCAACCAUCUACCAUCGUCAUCUCAGACAAACUAAGAAAGCCUGAUACCGCGGGUGGUAAAGAGACGGGAGCUGCCAAACCCAAGUUGACCCCACAGGAGCGUCUGAAGCUGCGUAUGCAGAAGGCACUCAACAAGCAGUCCAAGGCAGAUAAAAAAGCAGCUCAGGUGAAGAUCCAGCAGCAGGAACACAAACGACAGGAGCGCGAGGGAGAACUGCGAGCCAUGGCACGCAAGAUACGCAUGAAGGAGCGUGAGCGCCGUGAGAAAGAGAGGGAUGAAUGGGAAAGACAGUACGGGAGACAGAGCCAUUCGCCUUCUCCUUCUAAAUAUGGCCGAGACAACUCAUCCAGAAGGAGGUCAAGAUCUCGAUCACGAAGCCCAUAUCACAGAUACUGAGCUGACGUGGAAAACAAUCCUACACUUUUGUCACCGGCAUACGUUUGCUCUCCAAUAAAGAAGACACACACCUGCUGGUCGGUUACUGACCAACAAACAUCUAAACCUGAGCAUAUGUGCUCUCUGGUACUGUUCAUGUAUGCAGAGUUUAAACCUCGGACUGUGGCGUUUUAGUUUAUUUCACAGCUGAUUUGGAUCUGCCAUAUUCAUUUUGGCUUCAUCUUGUAAGCACCAUCUUAUUAAACGAUUUUCUUCCCAUAAACAUGUUCUCACUUUUUUCACCUUUUCUGCCUGAACAGUUCUUUUCACUGCACACAUCUGGAGACAUUUGUACUCAAUGUAUAUUAUACUAAGCUAUACCUUAACUUUCACCUUAGAUAUAGUGAUGUUCCUUUGCUUUAGCAAGAAGUUCUUCCACUAAGGACCCUUUUAAAGAGUCUUGGUAACUGAUGUACAGGAUAUUUCUACACAUUCAUUAGAAACCUAUUUAUGGAAGCUGAUGAAGUCAGUUUGUGCAUUGAUUAAAACUGUCCGCUCUCCUUUUGUACUGUUUGUCCACAGCCAGCUGGUUAAUAACGGCAAAUAACUUUUCUUCUCAGUAAUGUGGAACGUUAAACAUAGGACAACCAAUAAAAAGUGAC